AUUUAGCCACUGAACGAGCUGUUGCGAUUGAUGUAGUUUUGCAAGCUAGUAAAGUUUGUAAAAAUGUUUUUAAUACCCUUAUAGCGAGCGAUACUCUUGUUAAAAAGGAUAAAUCCCCAGUGACAAUUGGUGAUUUUAGUGCACAAGCUGUAGUAAACACUUUAUUAUAUAAGGCUUUUCCAAAUGAUUCAAUUAUUGGAGAAGAGAACUCAAAAGAUUUACAAGGUGAUAGCGGAAAAGAAAUGAGAGAUAAAUUAUUAGACGCUAUUGAUAGAGGAACUUACGGUGGGGGCCCAACCGGAAGAAUGUGGACUCUUGAUCCGAUAGAUGGAACUUUGGGCUUUCUUCGUGGAGUGAAAGGUCAAUUCGCCGUAGGAAUGUGUUUAAUUAUUGAUGGUAUUGUUAGUCUUAGUGUUAUAGGCUGCCCAAAUUAUCCAGUAGAUUAUAAAAAUCCUGACGGCGAAAAAGGAAUUGUAUUUAUUGCUGUUAAGGGACAAGGUGCUUUUCAGCGUAAGUUCUCUUCAACUGAAGAAACACCAAUUCAUAUGACAGAAAUUUCAUCUACAUCAGAAGCUUCGUUUUGUGAAUCCUUAGAAUCUGAUCAUUCUUCACAAGAUGAUAACGCAAAAGUUGCAUCAUUACUUGGAAUUACAAAGGAACCUGUUCGUAUGGAUAGUAUGUGUAAAUAUUGCGCUGUUGCCAGAGGUGAUGUUAAUAUUUAUCUGAGAUUGCCUAAUAACGUUAAUCAUGAGGAGAAAAUUUGGAAUCAUGCACCUGGAUAUCUUCUCGUCGUUGAAGCAGGUGGUAUAAUUACAAAUAUGGACAAUGAACCUUUGAAUUUUACUUUGGGAAGAACUUUGGGAAAAGUUAAUAAAGGAUUCGUAAUUACACAUGCUAAAAUACACGGACAAGUGCUUGAAGCCGUUCAGAAA